CUUCAACUUAAAUACUCACAAUACUUAUACUUAAAAUGAAAGUGACUAUCACCUUGGUUCUUAUUGCAUCUGUCUUUUUGGCAUUGGGAUCGGCUCUACCUCAGCUUGAACGCGGCUCCGUUUUGGCCCCCAGUGGACGCUUUGCUAUGACUGAAAACUGGGCAUCUCCACCUGUGGACUUGAGCCAAGCCGUAGUACUACUGCCUGAGGCAACACCAAUUACUGAAGCGCCACAGGAACCAAAACUCACACCGAUCCGCAAAACAGGCCAAAAUACCUCGACAUAAAUAUGUAAUAAAUCAAAUAAUAUUUAUUCAUAAAUCAAAAAUUUUAAGUAUAAAAUAACUCCAAUUCAG